GCCGUCUCUUCUUCCUCGCGCACUCGCCGCGCAGCUCUCUGCUUGCCUUUUCCGCUCUCGGCUGUGUAGAUAUACUCCUGGGCACGUACCCGUCGGCGGCCCCAAUCUCGCGGCGCAAUGGAUUCGUAGCCGCAUCGCAAGCUAGUUCUUGGGGAAUUCUGGUUGAUUGCCAUUGGGCUGCCUUGGUUUGGUGCCGCCGCCGCCGCCGGGAGCUCCGGCGAACCCUUGAGUUGGGUGCUGGGUGCUCCUCCUCUUCCUGCUCCCGAUGGGGGGUUGGAAUCGGUCGCGGUACGUGAGGAGGCAGCCCGACCGCUCCCGCCGCCCGCCUCCUCGCCCUCCGCCUGAUUACGGACACGAGCACUGCCCAGUCCCAUUAUGGGAAAGGGAAUUCUGCAGUUACGUUGGCAACAUUUCCUGGCAAAGGUUCUGCGAAAACAAGCAAUAUGUUUCAGUAUAUAAUAACCUUGAGCAGUGGAAUGAUUCAGGAGCCUUUGAGAAUUUUCAGAAUGCAAAGGCAAGGUUCUGGUCUUAUUAUCAUGGCCAACCUUCUGAUAUUCCUUUGUCAGGCCCUGAUAUGUACAUUGAUAAGGUCGACCACCGCUGCAAAGUUGAUCCCGAGUUGGUAGCUGACCUGGACAAGGUACGGCUACCAUUUGAUUCAGAUUAUUCAGCCCCGGCUACUGGAUCGGGCAAUGCCGAGGCAGUUAACAAGUGUACCCAGAACGAAUCUGGAAACUGGGACAUCUACAUAGAAAAGCCAGCUGAAGUGAAUAAGUGGGACUGGGAGGCCAGUCUAGGAUCCAAGGCUAUUUGGGGAGGGAACAAUGAAUCUUCCAGUAAAUGGGGUAAUGGCAAUUCCGGUUGGGGUGCUGCUUUGGAGAAGCCUAGUUGGUGCGGCUGGAGCAAUGAACGGUAUGCAUCAAACAACAGGAAUGAUAGCUUCUAUGGUGGAUCGAACAAUAAUAGUUAUUGGGAUGAGGAUCCAAGUCACACGUCUGGAAGAAAACGGAACAGCAGCGGGUACUUCCAGCAGAGGAACAAUAAACAGAGGAACCAGGAUGACGGGCACCACCAAAGAAGCGGCUGGCAGGAUCAUAGAGGAAGAAAUAAGGACUGGCGCCCAUUGAACAAGAACAACAGGGCCUGGGAAUAGAAGGUGGCUGGUCCAGUGGCGAAAUCGCCAUGUUUUGUUGAGAGAUGAGUAGUUUGUAGCUUUUGUUUUGAAGUAGGCCAGUGGGCUGCUGGCAAAUUGGUACGUGUAAAUAUACGUUUGAGUUGUGCUGUUGCUCUUCAGGAGCUGUGGUCCUGUUUUUCUUUUGUUGUAAUGGGAGCAUGCCCCAAAAAGAAGUUUAUUGCAAAGGAAGUUCACCUGGUUAUACUUCU